UUCCUGUUAGCUAGACGAAAGCCGGUAACAUUUAAAGUCCUGUGGUCUAAAUGCUCUUAAAUUAGUUGUAUGUCGACUUGUAUUUAUAGUUGGUCUAGCUCGCUAAAGUUUCUAUUUACAUAGUGCAUGCGGUAACAUCAAAAAACUUAAUAGCGUAAUAUUCCGUUACCUAAGCUAGUUUGCUAGCCUAAUUUGUUUACAUUAGUGUGAGGGUGUUUCAGUCAGGAAGACCGGAUAAAUGUGCCUGUCUGUCGUUCCAUGUUUCUUUUUGCUUCGUCACUCCUUAAAGGGAUUUAUGAAUAAAUAUGUGAAUUAUUGAACCUGGAUCUCAGAAAAAUGGACUGCAGAAUUGACGGGACAUAACAGAUGAUCAGUGGCCUCUGCCAAUGAUAAUUUUUAGAAUGACAGCAGUCAAGUAGGAAGAAGGAUGAAUGACUUUGGGCCAACAGACCUGAUUGCAGGCCUCUGUCAUACAGAUGAAGAGGAUCCUCUUCCUCUGUGGCAGAAUGAAUGCAUCAGCCCCUGUUUUAACCAGCUCAUCCUUGGUGUCUUGCCCCAUGCUGGGAUGGCCAUUUUCAGUGCCUGCUACCUCAGCAUGUCAAGAUGCAGCCACCUCCAGACGUCUCCCCCGUGUGGCUGGACACUCAGGCUCGUGUCAGCUCUACUGGCUGCCUUACUCUACACUGCAGAUGUCAUCCUGGUGAGUGUCCUCCAGCAGGGAGACAUGUACCUGGACAUCCUAGCUGGCAGCUGUGCAAUCCUGGCCUGGCUGGUCCACUUCAGUGUCAUAACAGUGCUCCAGAGGACUGUUUUUAAGAGAACCAGAGGACCUACACUGCUGCUUCUCCUGGUGCUUCUGUUACUCCCCAACCUUGUCAUCAACUUGAUAAUUUACUCUAACAACAAGCAAUAUUUAAACCCAGCUGAACCUCUUAAACUGGCCCGAUUUGUUCUUGCCUCAGUACGGACAUUUCUUUUUCUCAUUUACCUCCUGGCAUUUGCUUUCCCCUGCAUCAGUGAUGCUGGGUACACUUUGUAUAUUAACGAUGUUGAUGGCUCUCCGCUCAUCCCAGAGAACACCCACCUGGAGACUGGGGAGAUUGUGGCUGAGGAUGGGAGUGACUGCCUAUCUCGACUCUUCUACUUGUGGCUCACCCCUCUCCUCAGGCGAGGGCAGAGAUGGGAACUGGACAGACCAGCCGAUGUAUAUCACCUUCCCCAGAAACUUAGAACUAGUGUGAUUUGUCGGUAUUUUCACCAGUGCUGGGAAGCCUGCUGGCAAGGAUCACCAGUCACUUACCAAGAGGAUCAAUGGCCCACACCAGUCAGCACAAACCUCCCAAGUGGCAGCUGGAGUUUACACAACCAGGACCAACCACUGGAGCUGGAAGGUGAUGUAAGAUUGCUGAAGGUGCUACACAAGGCGUUUGGGAAGUGGUAUUACAUCCUUGGUCUGCUGAAGGUGACAGUCAACAUAUUGAGCUUUGCAGGUCCACUGCUCCUCAGUAGUCUUGUGAAUUUUAUGGAGGAUAAAGGUGCCCCAGUCAGCAGGGGUGUCUGGUGUGCCUUGGGGCUCUUUGCUACCACCCUGCUGUGCUCUGUUCUACGAAACAUCUUUGUCUUCGAGGUCUCCAAGGUGGCGCUGUCAGCACGAGCUGCUCUUGUGACGGCCAUCUACAACAAAGCCCUGAGAGUCAGCAGCUGCAGCUUGGCUGGCUUUACUUUAGGGGAGGUGGUGAACUUAAUGAGCACAGACACCGACCGUGUGGUUAACUUCUUCCAAAGCUUCCAUGAGCUGUGGAGCCUGCCCUUUCAGUUAGCUGUCACCCUUUACUUGCUAUAUCUGCAGGUGGGUGUAGCUUUCCUUGGAGGACUGUCCGUAGCUUUGCUGCUGGUGCCAUUCAACAAGUUCCUUGCUUCCUGCAUCCUUAGCAACAAUAAAAAGAUGCUCAUGUGGAAGGAUAACCGUGUUAAGUUAAUGACAGAGAUCCUCUUCGGCAUUCGCGUCAUCAAGUUCUAUAGCUGGGAGCCUCAUUUCACACAGAAGGUGGCUGACUGUCGCAAAGAGGAGCUGUCCCACCUUAAGGCUGUCAAAUACCUGGAUGCAUUGUGUGUGUAUACCUGGGCUGCUCUACCUGUGGUCAUCUCCAUCCUGACCUUCGUCACGUAUGUGCUGCUUGGACACCAGCUGACGGCAGCAAAGGUGUUUACCACACUUGCCCUUGUAGGAAUGUUGAUCAUCCCACUCAAUGCUUUCCCCUGGGUGCUCAAUGGAGUCCUGGAAGCCAAAGUGUCUCUGGAACGAAUCCAGCGCUUCUUUAAACUAACCAACCAGAACCUGCAGGCAUACUAUGCCCUGGUGUCUCCAGAAGACAGCCAGACAUCUGUCCUUUUGAGCCAGGGAUCAUUUUCAUGGCAGGAACCCAGCAGUCCAAACGAAGAGGAAGAGUCUGGAGGAGCUAAAGGAAGCCUGCAGCUGCACAGUCUCAAUUUAAACAUAACCAAGGGCUCUCUGGUUGUCGUGGUUGGGAAGGUCGGCUGUGGAAAGAGCUCCUUAUUGGCUGCUCUGACUGGAGAACUUAAUAGGCUGACUGGAGUGCUCUAUGUUGCAGACAGGGAGGUUGGCUUUGGUUUGGCCUCACAGGAACCGUGGAUCCAGCAUGCAUCAGUACGAGACAACAUCUUGUUUGGCAGAGACUACGAUGCUGCCUUCUACCAGGCUGUGAUCAAGGCCUGCGCCCUCUCAGAUGACCUCAAUGUUUUGCCAAAUGGUGACAAGACUGAAGUGGGUGAGAACGGAGUGACUCUGAGUGGAGGACAGAAGGCCCGGCUGGCUCUUGCUAGAGCUGUUUACAUGGACAAAGAUAUCUACCUCCUCGAUGAUCCACUGGCAGCAGUGGAUGCAGAUGUGGCUGAACACCUUAUGAAGAAAUGUAUCAUGGAGCUCCUCAGAGGGAAGACCAGAAUCCUUUGCACACACCGCAUAGAGUUUGUGGACAAAGCUGAUGUGGUUGUCCUCAUGGACAAUGGAGCAAUCGUCAAAACAGGGACACCAGCAGAAGUCCUUCCUUUGGUGGAUGCAGUCCAGAAAAAGCAGAAGAACAACCGCAACACAAAAGAGAAAGAUGGCGUGGAGCAGGUUGAAGGGGAAAUGAGUUCAUUGCCUGAGCUACAUGUGGAUAAUGAUCCUGACCUCUCGGGGGCAGAGCAGAAACAGGUGGGCAGGCUGGCAUGGAGAGUUUACCAGACCUACUGGGCCGCUGUGGGUGGAGUACUGGCCUCCUGCGUCUUAGUCUCUCUGCUCCUCAUGCAAGCAUCUAAAAAUGUGUCUGACUGGUGGCUGUCCUACUGGAUCUCUGAGCUAAAACACAAUGGUUCCACUGGGAAUAAUGAUUCUUCGUUACCUGCCUUCAGCUCACCUCAUCUGCUGCUUUUCUCACCUGGAAGGCUCAUAUCUUCAGUGCCCUCUGACUACACGUUCCUCUCGAACGACAUCGAUGCAGAUGUUAAGUUUUACCUGACGGUCUACGGCUCCAUUGCUGUGGCCAACACCGUGUUCACCGCGCUCCGUGCCUUCCUCUUUGCCUAUGGAGUAAUGUGUGCUGCUUCUGCCAUCCACAACAGACUUCUGAAUCAAGUCUUUAAGACCACUAUGGCGUUCUUCGAUACCACUCCUUUGGGCCGAAUUCUCAACCGUUUUUCCUCAGACUUGUACAGCGUGGACGACAGCCUGCCGUUUGUCUUGAACAUCUUACUGGCCAACAUUUUUGGCUUGCUCGGCAUGCUGGUGGUGAUAAGUUACGGCCUGCCCUGGGUCCUGGUGGCCCUGCUUCCCCUGGGUCUGCUGUACUACCGCACACAGCACUUCUAUAGACACACAUCUCGAGAGCUGAAGCGCCUCAGCAGCCUCACUCUGUCACCAAUCUACUCGCAUUUUUCAGAGACACUGACUGGACUGGGAACGAUCCGGGCCAGUGGCAACUCUGCCAGGUUUGAGGAGGAGAACGCCAGGCGUUUGGAGCAGAACCAACGCUGUUUGUUUCUUAGCUACGCUGCAGGGCAGUGGCUGGACAUCCGUCUGCAGCUGAUUGGUAUCGCUGUGGUGACAGGCCUUGGGGUGAUAGCUGUUGUUCAGCACCAGCUUAAUUCUGUUGAUCCAGGUCUGGUGGGUCUGUCCCUGUCCUACGCUUUGUCUAUCACACAGCUGCUAUCUGGCCUCAUAUUCAGCUUCACGCAGACUGAAAUGCAGCUGGUGAGCGUGGAACGAACAGAGGAAUAUUCCACUGGACUGCCCAUUGAACCACAGCAUCAGAAUACAGAGCUGUCCCCCUCAUGGCCUGAGCACGGUUGUUUGGAGUUUCGGAAUGUGGCUUUGACCUACAGGGAUGGUCUUCCUAAUGCCCUGGAUGGAGUGAGCCUCAUGGUGCGACCUGGAGAGAAAAUAGGCAUUGUGGGACGUACAGGAUCUGGCAAGUCCACGAUAUUCUUGGCCCUGUUUCGGAUGGUGGAGCUCAGCCAGGGUCAGAUUCUCCUGGAUCAGCUGGAUAUCACCACUGUGGGCCUAGUUCAACUCAGGUCCAGGUUGGCCAUUAUUCCUCAGGACCCCUUCCUUUUCAGUGGCACAGUCAGAGAGAAUCUGGACCCCUGUGGGCGACACUUGGAGCUGGAGCUGCUGGACGUCCUGGAGCAGUGCCACCUCAGCACUGUGGUCAGCAGAAUGGGUGGUCUGGAUGCUGAGGUGGGAGAAAGAGGAAGAUUCUUCUCUGCAGGACAGAAGCAGCUGCUGUGUUUGGCCAGAGCUCUGUUGACGCAAGCCAAGGUCCUGUGUAUUGAUGAAGCCACUGCCAGCGUGGAUCAUAAGACAGACAAACUCCUGCAGCAGACCAUUAGAGAGAAGUUUCAGGACAAGACUGUGCUCACUAUUGCCCACAGGAUCAACACCAUCAUGGACUGUGACCGUGUGCUAGUGAUGCAUGCUGGGAAGGUGGUGGAGUUUGACAGUCCCGUGUCUCUCUGCCAAGCUGAUAACUCCAUCUUUCACAGACUGGCGGGUGAUCAGGGACAGUGAGAUGAUCAGACACAUUUACAGACAACUUGCUGCUUUGAGUUGAUGCAGAGAAGAGUUGCAGACUUUGAGCAAAAACUCAUUAGGAACGGACAGCUUGGACUCAAAAGCGAGGCUGUUUGGAAAUGUGAUUAUUCUAAUGCAUAAACAGCAUUCAUUGAAUUUAUGCCAUAUUCUUGAAUCAAGACAACUACACAGCCCUCCCCCAACUCUUCCAGUGGUCACCAAGGAGUUCACUGGCCACUUGAGAAACAUAAUGUCUCUAGCAUGUUCUGGGUCUGCCCUUAAGUCUCCUCAAUCAGGAAGUACCCAAGACCACCUCAACUGGCUCCUUUAGAUGUGCUGAAGUAGCAGCUCCACUCCAAUCCAUCCUCACUUUAUCAGCUCAGCUCAGAUAUCCUUCUGCUGCUUGUAUCUGCCAUCUUUUUCAGACCACAUCACCGGAGACAAUUCAUUAAUCCGUCUGUAAAUCUCCCGCUCCUUUGUUCAUUCACUUAACAUCAAGACUUUGAUUCUUUAAACUCUGUACUUGGGGCAUCAGCUCAUUCAGAACCCAGGGGUGGCACUCCAUCAUUUUUAUAGCUGAGAACCAUCGUUUCAAGUCUCGGAUGUCCAACUUCGGUUUCAAAGUCAGCAGUCACGAAAAUUAAAAAAACAAACAGUAGCUUAAAAUAAGGGGAAUUAGUCAAAUCCAUUUGGUAUAAUAGCUGCUACUUUUUACACUUUGUUAUUGUUAUAUUUGAAUCCUAAUUUAGACAGACAGCCAGAAAUGUUCGUCACCAUAUGUAAAUGACUCGUGUAAACUUGUCAGGAGUAAUUUUGUGUUUAUUCAGAACAACUGCCUGUGUUUGAUGAAAUAAGACAUCAUGUCUGCUUGCACUUAUGUGAAUUAUGAACAUAAAUACCUGGCCCUAGAUCUGGUCUUACCACAAGCCACUAAACAUUGAUGUGUUAUAACAAAACACCACUCUGUAGAACAGCGGUCCCCAACCCCCGGGCCUCGGACCG